ACGAGAUUUGCUGAUCAUCUACUAUGGUCGUCGCAUUUCUCCCGCUGAUUUCCUACAAAUGGUGACCCCGACUGACCCAGUAACGGCGCACCACGGUGGGACGGCGUAGGAGUUCGGGUCCUAAAGCAGCGAGGACGGCUAAAGCACUCAGGAACCAGAGAGAGGAGUGCCGAGCCCUAAGUGACCUCAUCGGAGAGCCUGGCCGAUACGGGCCGCCGAGACCUUGUAAGGCUGCAAUAGCGCGCGCUGACAGAUAAGGGAUGGAAAGGCAAGUGGCUUAUGAUUUAUUUACUUGUUUUCUGAGAAAACGACAAAUUAAGGGAGUAGACUUACAGAAGGAACUCCCCGGGUUAUUAGCUUAUGGCAAUGCUAAAGGGUUUUUUCCAAACCCACAUUUAGUACAUGACCUUACAGAAUGGCGUAAAUUUGGGGAUGCAAUUUGGCAAGCAGUUUUAGAUGAUGAUAAGACAGCAAAAAAAUGCGGGAAACUGUGGCGAGCAGUUCACAAUGAACUGUUGCAGCACCAAGCAGAAAAGAAGGCAGCGGAAGAGGCCAGUGCUGCACAGGGGAGAAAUAAGGAUUACAAUGGGUGGCCGGAUUGUCUGUUGCCCCCCGCAGUGACUACCUUAGUGUUGCCGUGGGCCACGGAGCACGCCACGUCAGCAUGUUUGGAGCCAAGCGCCCCACCCCCGCCCCUAGUUACGGUCGCACCGGGUAGUUCACCUGCGCCUAUUACAAUGGGCCCAAUAAACCCUCCGAGCAGUGAGCCGAUCCCUGGGGCAGAGUGACCUAGCGGAGGCCAUUGCACGGGAGAGGGGGGAAGCUUGGGUGGCACUGGCACGGGCCUGCAUGGAGGCGUGGGAUAACGACGCAGUGGAGGCUGUGCGGCACAUGGCGUUUCCGGUGAUAUAUACCUCUAAUCCUGCGGGAGGGAUGCAGGCCACCAUCACAGCUUUAGAUUGGAAAUUAUUAUUGCAGCUACGAUCUACAGUUAGUCAGUUUGGGGUAAAAAGCGAGCCAGCUAAGCAGAUGUUGGAUUAUAUUUGGAGUAUGCAGAUAUUGCUGCUAUCCAAUUGUCGGGCAAUAGCAAAAUUGAUCUUUUCACAACAUCAACAGCUGUUGUUUAAUGCAUAUUGGCAAGAACUGUGCCAUCAGAGUGUCUCAACGGCUAGGCAGCCAGGAGACCCACUACAUGGUGUAACUCUCGAAGAACUCUUAGGGUUAGGGCCUUUCUUCAGAACAGAAGCCCAAGCAUUAUUAGGGCCAGAUAAAUGUCGAGAAACUAUGUAUUUAGCUAGACAGGCCAUGGACAAGAUUAAGGUGCCUGGUGGAUUGCCAUUUUAUAUGGGGAUCCGACAAGGUAGAGAUGAGGACUUUGGGGCAUUCAUAGACAAGGUAGCCGGGGCUAUUGAAAAGGCAGGGGUGCCAGAGUAUAUGAGAGGAGUGAUGUUAAAAGAAUGCGCGCUCCAAAAUUGUAAUUCAACAGCACGUAGUAUUCUGAAUACUUUGAGGAGUAAUUGGACUAUUGAAGAGGCACUGGAAAAGCUAUCAAGCGUGCCGGUCAGGCCCCAAGCAUUUCUGGUUGAGGCUAUUAAGGAGUUAGGGGCAGGUUUAAAGGCGCAGGCUGAGGCCUCUCACAAUCAAGUGCUAGCAGCUCUUGCACCCUUACAAGCGUCUGCGACAACAAAUUUAGGCUCGAGGUCGCCUGUUGCUGGUCGCAUCAAAUGCUAUCGCUGUGGCGGCAUGGGACAUAUGCGUCGUCAGUGUCAAGCCACCGGUUCAUGGUGUCAGACAUGUCGUAUGGACAACUACAAUACCAAUGCCUGUCGAUGCUGGUCGGGAAACCCCCAGCCCAGCGCAAGAAAGAAACGACGGCUGCGCGCAGACACAAGUAGCCGUUUCCAGCCAGCAGCAGCCCUGCAACCAGCCACACCAGGAAGCCUCAGCUUGGACUUGGCAGCCGCAGUGACCACGACCUUAAUGACCACAAAACCUGAGCGGGUGUCUACGGGGAUCAGGGGACCAGUAAUGAUAAAUGGAACCACCGUUGGGGCCCUUCUAUUGGGGCGUUCUUCAGCAUCGAUGCUCGGACUUUUUGUCCUCCCUGGGGUAAUAGAUGCGGACUUUCAGGGCGAGAUCCAGAUUAUGGUAUACACCCCGUUUCCUCCAAUAAAAAUUGAGAAAGGGCAACGGAUAGCGCAGUUAGUACCCCUAGAGCAAUUGACCAAAGCCUUAACCCCGUGUCAAUCGUCUCCCCGAGGGGAGCAAGGGUUUGGCUCCUCAGGGGGCUUAGCGUUGCUAUCACUAAAUUUGCGUGAUCGACCUAAAAAAACAGUGACACUUAAAUACAGAGAGGAAGAAAUCAAACUUCAAGGUCUAUUAGAUACAGGGGCCGAUAGCAGCAUAGUGAGCCCAGAAAUUUGGCCGCCUCAUUGGCCACUGCAAGCGGCCAUAGCCACAGUGACGGGUAUAGGCGGACUAUCCUUAGCGAAAAAGUCACCUCCCCUGCAAAUCCACCUUGAUGAACAAGUAGUACAUACCUCUGUCUCAGUGGCACCCCUACCCCCCACCCUUCAAUGCUUAAUUGGCCGCAAUGUGCUCUCUCAAUUGGGGGCACUUCAACCCGGCCUGCCCAAUCCUGCCAUGCUACCUUACAAUUGGCCAUUACUAAUUAUUGACUUAAAGGACUGUUUCUUUACUAUUACCCUGCACCCUGAGGACACUAAACGAUUUGCCUUCACAUUGCCUGCAUUGAAUCGAGAACACCCUGAUCAACGAUUUGAAUGGACAGUAUUACCUCAGGGGAUGAAAAAUAGCCCCACGCUAUGUCAACUAUAUGUUGAUCAUGCUCUACAACCACUCCGGCGAGAAUGGAAACAAAUGGUCAUUUAUCAUUACAUGGAUGACAUCCUUUUUGCCCAGCCAGAGGCCUUCACACAGGAACAAAUUUGGCAAAUAGAAAAGACCCUAAAUAGGGAAGGACUUAUGAUCGCCCCUGAAAAGGUACAACUCUCUGCGCCCCGGAAGUAUUUAGGAUGGGCAAUGACUAACACGAUAGUAACCCCACAGAAACUGCAACUGAAUACUGAAAUAGAGACUCUACAUGAUGCCCAAAGGUUACUGGGGGACUUACAGUGGCUGCGUCCUGUGGUGGGCAUCCCAAACGAACUCUUAGAGUCGUUGCGACCUUUUUUACAGGGCACUGACCCGGCCCAGCCUGUAACGGUGACAACGCAGCACAAACGUCUACUACAACAGAUUAUAGACUGCAUUAUACAUGGCAGUGUUCGGAGAUGUGACCCUGACCUCCCCAUACAGGUUAUGGUAUGGUAUGGACCAAAGUACCUUUUAGGAGCGUUGGCACAAUCUAAAAAGAAAACGGGUGAGGUAUGGGUACUAGAGUGGAUCUGUCCCUCACUGCAGCAAUCAAAAACACUUCUUCAAAAAACUGAACUCCUGGCAGAAGUGACUAAGAAAGGGCGAGAACGUACCCUGCAAAUCACAGGUAUGGAGCCUGUGUGUGUACAGCUGUCAGUGCAGAAGGACACUCUGACAUGGUAUGUGCAGCAUAGUCCAGAGUUACAGGAUGCUCUCUUACGAGCUGGAAGUAUGGUUUCAAUGGAAAAGAUUCCGAACGUGUCGCUACAUUGGAUUGGUCAGUGGAGUUGGCUCCGGAUACCAAAGCGGCCCGAGACGCCCUUGCAGAACGCAAUCACGGCUUACACGGAUGCGGGACGGAAGUCUAGAACAGCAGCAGUGACCUGGCAGCAGGGCGGCUCCUGGAGACAUCACCUCAUUGUAGCCGAUGAUAAGGACUCAUUGCAAACAUUGGAGCUGGUGGCCGUUGUAUGGGCCAUGAUGAACUUAAUCGACCCCCUUUUUGUGGUCACCGAUUCCCUUUAUGUAGCUGGAGUAUGCCACCGAAUAGAGGAGGCCUACAUAAAGAAAGUGCAAAAUCUGUGGCUGUACGAGCUGUUCGUGCAGUUGCAGAGAGCAAUCAGAAUUAGGGAGCACUCAUAUGCAGUAGUACUUGUUCGAGGUCAUAAAUGGGAGAUAGACUUGGGGGAGGGAAAUGCGAGAGCUGAUCGCUUGGUGUCGCUGGCACAGAGACCUUUAGUCUCCCAGCAUGUCCUGGCCCGAGAGGCGCACUCUAUGUUUCACCAGAAUGCCAAGGGGCUAAGAAGGGAGUUUCAGAUAACAUAUGAGGAUGCUAAGGCAAUUGUUAGAUUGUGCCCAGUGUGCAGCCACCAUAAUGGCGGUAUGGGUCUCGGGCUAGGAGUUAGCCCCAGGGGACUUAAAGCUAACGAAAAUUGGCAGAUGGAUGUGACGCAUGUGGGUGAGUUCGGGCAGCUGAAAUAUGUACACGUGUCUAUAGAUACAUAUAGUCAUUUUAUGUGGGCCACCGCUCAAUCUGGAGAAAAGGCUAUGUAUGUAGAAAGGCAUCUCAGUUGUUGCUUUGCGGUUAUGGGUAUAUCACUACAAAUAAAAACAGACAAUGGCCCAGCCUACACUAGUCGUAGGCUUGGGGAGUUUCUGCAAACAUGGGGAGUAAAACACAGUACGGGUAUCCCGAACUCGCCCACAGGCCAGGCAAUAGUAGAACGGGGAAAUUGUGGAUGGACGGCUGACCCAGCGAGGUCAUGUUUUUCUCCCCCUGGGUCAGUGCAAGUAAAACAGCUGCUAUGGAUCACUGUCUCACACAGAACAAUGAUGGGAGUAGGCGAAAGGAAUGCAGAGCUGCGAUAGAGACCGCUGUGCCAGGUGCUGUGAGACAAGCUGCAAGCAACUGUAAAUUAUGAGAACUGCGCCAGCGCUGCCCUCUGUUCUUCUGUCUCAUUAUACUGCAUGCUAAUGUAUCUCUCAGGAACGUAAUGAAAAUGUAUCUGAAUUCCUGUCAACUAUUGAUUAUGUAUUAGUUUGACCUAUAUCUAUAGCACAAUUUCUCCUGACGGUGUGCAAGUUAGGUGGAGUGAUCCCCUUGCACUAUCAAUAGACAUCAAUAGACACAUGCCUGCUCUAUAUCCUUACCGGAUACAGGGUCUGAUUUCCGCAACUCAAUUUUGCAACGAGAAUAGAUCCGCUCUGUUUGGCUGUGGGAUCGGUUGAGAGAGGGGACACCUUUGGCGCGCCCCAAGAUUUCUUGGAAGGUCUCCCUUCCUCACCCGAUCACUGCAGGGACAGACAAGGACCAUCCAUUGGUGUAUCAGGUAUGUGUAUAGAAAAGGGGGUGCCCAUAAGGCGUGAGGAGACGUCCUACGCAGGGUAUGAAGGAGUGUGCCUGCUCCCCCCCCCCUGAGGUACGUGAGCUCACGGGUUAGAUUGCCGGCUGGGGUAGGACUUGCAACUAAUUGACCAAUGCACUAGUGCUAUUAAGAUACGAGCUAAAAGACGUCGUCAGCAUUGUGGAUUAUGUAUAAACCACGUUUUUUGUUCUAAAUAUCAGAGUGAG